AAAUAAAAGACUGUAGUGUGAAUAAGAGGCCAAGAGAGAAAUCUCUGCAACAUAAACAUGUGCUUUUUGCACAUGAUAGGUCCCCACAACCCACCCACCACUACACCCCUCAAUUUCACCCAUACAAGCUUAGAAAUACAUUUACACACAAAUACAGUUUACAUGGUGUCCUACAUGUCACACUAAAUUUUAAUCAAAGAGUAAAAAGGGGGCAGUGGAGGCUCACUUGUGACUCUGAAAUUGCUCUCUGCCAAAACUCAGCAAGACUUGUCUUUUUAAAAGGGCUUGUUCCUAUCCAUUAAUGCCUGCAGAACUUAAAACGUUCAUGCAAAAAAUAUUGCAGCUCUCCCUCCAUUUAGACAGAAUGGGUCUUUUAUUUGAUGCACUGUGAUUCAAAAGUUCUAGCACCCUCUACAAAUUGUCUAAUUCCAUCUAAUUUCCUUUCCUUUCUUUAAUGCUUUGCAAAGGUGCUUUGACUCAAACAGCUGCCAGCAACUUUCAGUCGAACACUUGUAACUGGGCAAAGGGGACCAGUUAUUUUUCCACUCUGAGGAGUAGAGUAAAUCCGUGAAAAAGUCAGUCACUUUUACAGCCAGGAAUUAUUUUUAUUUAUCUAACAUACGAGUUCACUCAAAAGACCCCAGCCGCAGUUACCUGCAGUGACAUUUUGCUACAAGCUUAUCACUAGUAACUGACUGCAGAAAGCUGAUUGAUGUGUCUGUUGAGAAUCUAGCCACCUUACUGGACUUUGUGGACACCAGCUGUCCCUAUUGAAAUUCAGGAUGAGUUGACCAAUUAUAGAAGCUCUCUCCACCCCAAAGUGAUUGUGGGUGGGUGGAGCUUUGUUCAAAUCCGUCAUUAGAGCAAAUAAAGAAAAAAGAAACACAAGAUCAACGAAGAAGACUUGAUAAAUGGUGCUUUCAAUACUUUAAAUAAAGAAAGACUGAGCUAAAUUUUCUUCAAGGGGGCUAUUUAAUCACAGUUUAAAACUGUUGCACUAAACAUUUUAUGUCAAGAAAGUCAAAGACAGUAAGAUAAAUUGCAUGAAAGGGGAGAGCUAGGCAAGUUUGAGUCUUCGAAACAAUGUCUAAAGAAAAUAUUUUUCCACAGUUCCUGUUUAUAUCUGCACAGAUUUGUGCCAUGCACACACUCAUUCAUACACCACCUUAAGGUGGUGUAUGAAUGAGUGUGUGAGUGAUAAAUAUAUCAAGAAAAAAUGGAUGUGUAAAUAGAUGGCUAUGGACUGAAAUGAUUGAAAUGGAUAAACGUGAAAUAAAACAAUCAAAAAUAAAUGAGUUUUAGAAUAUCAGUUUGAAAUUUGAAUUAAUCGGAUAGUUAGAUAUCUUAUAUAAAAAUCAAUGGAUCAAUAUGUGUGUUGGCUCUCAAAAGAGCACGCUUCCCUUUUAAAAUUCCAUGUUUUUGAAACUUAAAGACCACAAUAAAUCACAUGCAGAUGUGUUCCAUUUCUAUCGUUACUUAUAACAUGUAUAGUUUAAAAACAAAACAAAAACAAAUCUAUCAAAAAGUUGCAAUAAACUAGUUAUGUCAGUGGCCACACCUAUAAACCAAUACUUCGACGAAACAUUGGGAUUCUAAUUAGACAUUUUGUGUUGCAUGCUACAUCUUGAUUGGGUAAUAUCAGCCCACUCUACUUUGCAGAUUUUAAAAAUCUAUUAGAUUUUAAAGACGUUUCUUGACCCCACAGGUUUUGAAAAGUGACUGGACCAUUCCAUAAGCUAACUUUCACUUGGACUCAUUUUGAUGUUGAAAAAUAAAACUAAAAAGUGGAACAUUUUUAGUCAAAUAUUACUUGCAUUUGGAAGUGUUCAUAUUUUCAUCCACCUGGAAGAAAACCCUAUUAAAGCAAAAUAUUACGACUAACCCUAAGUGUGCCACUAAUGAUACUUACAGCAGAAUUGUAAAAAAAAAAAAAAAAAAACAUCAGUUGCUGAAUAUUGUGUUCAUUAAUAGCAGGUAUAUUGGAGAUAUUGAAAUAAAAGAAAAAAUAGAUGCAUUACACAUGCAUUUUUUCAAAUAUUUAAAAAAAGUUUAGGUUGUGCCAUAUUCUCCCCUGUAUAAAUUUUUUAACAUGUUACAUAGAGCAGUUUCUGCUGGAGUCUUGUUAGGUCAAAUUAUACUACAAUCCAAAAAAAAAAAAAAAAAAGAGUUGUAGGUCUAAUAAAUUAAGGAACACUUUUUUCUUUCAUGUGCUAAAUAUUUAAAUAUUAGUGCAUAACCGACUUCUUCUAGGACUGCACAGUGGUGCAGCUGGUAUAACUGCCUCCUUACAGCAAGAAAGUUGUGGGUUUGAAUCCUGGCCUGGGGUCUUUUUGCAUGGAGUUUGAAUGUUCUCUUCGUGCAUGAGGGUUUUCCCGGCUACUCCGAUUUUCUCCCACAGUUAAAAAACAUGACUGCGAUGCUGUUCUUAACUUUCAAGCACAUCCACACACAGGCGGGGGCUAUGUUUCUCGUGGCGUCCUUUCUCUACACUCGGUCUCUUCUUCGCACAGUCAGUUCAGCUCAGAUUUACAAAAUAAAAUCAAAAGGCAGAAACUCGUUUCUGAACAAGCCCAUAUGUGGUUAGACUUCCGACUCGACUAACAAGCUUUUGAACGCACCGAGCGGUCAGAUACACCUACAAUUUAGGAAAAGAAGUCAAUAGGCGAAGUUUAUGAGGCGACAUUGAACGCAACACAAGGGUUCUGUGGGUUUUUUUUCUCCCCUAUGCCUCAAAGUGGCGGAGAGAAGAGAGAGGGGGUAGUUGACUCCUGUCUCCCCACCCCCAGCUUGUAUGAGGUGGAUUUGGGAAGAAAGGGAAUCCAAACCUGCGACGCGGAGAUAACGUGAGACCCCAAUAAAAGAGAUCCACAUUUGAAGAUCCGUGCGCGCCAGAGGAUUAUUAUAGUUUUUUUUAUUUAUUUUAUUUUUCACUUUCCCAGAGGAAGGCUCUGCUUUGGAGCGUCUGAUCUCCGUGAAAGGAAAUAAGUACAAAAAAAAAAAAAACGCACGGAGGAUAACAGAGGAGUAUUUUAAACCUGCGCACUCCGUUAACAACCGACUCGCUGACGUUCAAGAGAGUGGAAUAUAGCGUUUUUUUCUUCAAUGGGGGAAUGCAGCAUAACUGUUCUUUAAGGGGGAACUCAGUUACACAGAAGUGGAUUUCAAAACGGUACCCCGUAAACCAGCGAGGGGGUAAAUAAAAAAAAUAAAACAAACUUAUUUUCUCUCACGCUGAGGCUGAAGUGCCAAGCAAUUCUGUGUGAAGACCCCAACCGUCCUUGCUCAGUCGGGGCCUCGGCUCCCUGGCCAGGUCAUCGGUUCGUCCCACCCUGCCCCCCCACCCCCCAGUCCCCUCUUCCCCACCGUAGCAGCCGCCAAGAUGGCCACCAGUGGUGCUUAUCGUCUCUCCUUGCCACUGUUACUUCAUGUGACCACUCUGCUGCUAUCACUGCUACUCACCUGCUCUCAAGCCUUAUCUCCGCCGCGCUUCACUAAAGUUCCUGUUGACCAGAUCGGUGUCUCGGGGGGCGUGGUCUCCUUUGUCUGCCAGGCAACAGGCAACCCCAAGCCGAAAGUUAGUUGGAACAAGAAAGGGAAGAAGGUGAACUCUCAGCGCAUAGAGACCAUUGAAUUUGACGAGGGUGCUGGUGCUGUUCUCAGAAUUCAGCCUCUUCGAGCUCCACGCGAUGAGAACAUUUACGAAUGUGUAGCCGAGAACAGCGAGGGCGAGAUUACCGUCAACGCCAAGCUCUCCAUCAUCAGAGAGGACCUUCUGCCACCAGGCUUCCCCAACAUUGACAUGGGCCCUCAGCUGAAAGUGGUGGAGCGCACCAGAACAGCCACCAUGCUCUGUGCUGCCAGCGGUAAUCCAGACCCAGAAAUCACCUGGUACAAGGACUUCCUACCCAUAGACCCAAGUACGAGUAGUGGACGAAUCAAGCAACUGCGCUCAGGUGCCUUGCAGAUCGAGAACAGCGAGGAGUUGGACCAGGGGAAGUACGAGUGCGUGGCCUCUAAUGUGGAAGGCGUGCGCUACUCGUCCCCUGCUAAUCUUUAUGUGCGAGAGCUUCGAGAAGUCCGGCGGGUGCCUCCUCGCUUCUCCAUUCUACCAACAAGUCAAGAAAUAAUGCCGGGCGGCAGUGUGAACAUAACGUGCGUGGCGGUGGGGUCGCCCAUGCCUUAUGUCAAGUGGAUGUUGAACUCUGAGGACUUGACACCGGAGGAUGAGAUGCCCGUGGGCAGAAACGUUCUUGAACUGAGCAGUGUCCGUGAGUCAGCCAACUAUACGUGCGUGGCCAUGAGCAGCCUUGGCAUCAUUGAAGCUGUUGCACAGAUCACCGUGAAAUCUCUCCCCAGACCUCCUGGUACCCCUGUUGUUACAGAAACCACAGCCACCAGCGUGACCAUUACAUGGGACUCAGGAAACCCUGACCCAGUGACACACUACAUCAUACAGUAUAAAGCCAAGUCCCCAGACAGCAAGUACGAGACAGUGGAUGACAUCACCACUACGCGCUACAGCAUCGGUGGCCUCUACCCCAACACGGAGUACGAAAUACGUGUCUCGGCUGUAAACUCAAUUGGACAAGGUCCCCCAAGUGAGCCAGUCGAAACUCGGACUGGUGAGCAAGCCCCUGCAAGUCCACCAAGAAACAUUAAAGCCCAAAUUCUUCCUCAAAACACUAUGAUGGUGCAGUGGGAAGAACCAGAGGAGCCUAAUGGGCAGAUCAAGGGAUACCGAGUUUACUACACUAUGGAUGAUUCGCAGUCCAUGAGUCUCUGGCAAAUUCAUAAUGUCCAGGACAGUCUCAUCACCACUAUUCAGAGCUUAGUUCCUCAAGAGACAUACACAAUCAAAGUCCUUGCAUUCACAUCUGUUGGUGAUGGACCUUUUUCAGAGCCCAUUCAUGUCAAAGUUCUGCAGGGAGUUCCAGGUCAACCAUCCAAAUUCCAGGUCGGUGCUGUGUCAGAUACCAGUAUUGAGUUGACCUGGGAACCUGCAUAUGAGAAAGAGGGAAUUAUAAGUUAUGAACUUCGCUAUAAGGAAGGGAAUUUUGGCACCCAGAUGAAGAAGACUUUUGGACCCACAAAAUCAUAUGUCGUGGAAGGCCUCCGCCCCAAUACAGAGUACCGCUUCUCCCUGGCGGCCAUCUCUAACAAAGGCAUUGGGGCCUUCACAAAUGAAAUUUCUGAGAGGACCUUGCAAGCCAAGCCCUCAGCUCCCCCUCAAGAAGUUAAGUGCAGCACCACCAGCUCCACCAGCCUUUUGGUAAGUUGGCGCCCCCCACCUCUGAUGAGUCAGAAUGGUGACCUGACGGGGUAUAGGGUGCACUACCAGGUGGUGGGCCCUUCAGAAGGGGGCAGUGACGAUACAGAGCCCAUGAAAGAGCCACUGGUACCUCCAAACGAAGAUCGGGCUUUGCUGCAACAACUGGAGAAGUGGACCCAGUACCGCAUCACAGUGUCCGCCUCAACCGAGGUUGGACCCGGCCCUGAGAGCGAGCCCCUGAUCUGUCGGACAGAUGAAGAUGUUCCUGGGGCUGCACCAAGGAGGAUUGAGGUGGAGGUCCUCAACUCCACAGCACUGAGAGUGAUGUGGCGUUCUGUGACACCAGGAAAGCAAAAUGGUCAAAUUCGAGGCUACCAGGUUCACUAUGUACGUGUCGAAAAUGGAGAGUCACGGGGCCUGCCCCUCAUCAAGGAUGCCAUGCUUGCUGAUGCCCAGUGGGAAACGGACAAUACGGCUGAAUAUGAAAUGGUCAUCGGGGGACUCAAGCCCGACACCACUUACUCCGUCACUGUAGCAGCAUACACCACCAAAGGGGAUGGAGCUCGGAGUAAACCCAAAGUGGUGGUGACCAAAGGGGCAGUGCCUGGUCCGCCGUAUCUAUCAGUAGCUCAGGAUUCAAAGACUUCAGCUGUUGUUCACUGGGAUCCUCCAGACCUGAUAAAUGGAAUGGACCUGCAGGGAUACCGCCUCCAGUUUGGCCGGAAAGACGUCUCUCCUCUGGCCACACUGGAAUUUGCUCCACAAGAACGGCAGUAUUCUGUGGGCAACAUUCACCGUGGUGCCUCUUAUCUCUUUAAGAUCUCAGCCAAAAGCAGAGGGGGCUUUGGGGAAGAGGCUGUGGUGGAACUCAAUGUUCCUGAGAAUGCCCCUGGGGGAUACCCUCAAAUUACCAAGGGCUCCAUGGUGACAUGCUGCUCCAUGCAGCUGUCCUGGUCUCCACCAGUGCUGGCAGAGAGGAAUGGGGUCAUCACAGAGUACACUCUGGCUUACAAAGAAGCCGGAACAAGAGAAGCACCCCAAGAACUACGUUUACCUCCCAACCUGUCUAGUUAUGAGCUCAACAGCCUCAAACCGAACUCUGCAUAUGAUGUGAAAAUACGUGCCCACACCAGUGUAGGUCCAGGGCCCUACAGCCCGCCCAUCCAGUAUCGGACCGUGGCCAUUGAUCCUGCAGAUGUCCCAAAGAAUUUCACUGUAAAGUGGGCCACCAAGACAACAGUAGUGCUUGGGUGGAAGUUUUCAGAUAGAGGAUCACCGUACAAAUGCACAAUUGAGUACAACCGUCAAAAGAUGGAUGUGGAUGCCAGAAAGUUGAAGGCGUAUAUCACUGGGCUAAGACACAACAACACCUAUGAGUUCAGGGUGACCUGCCAAGAAAGCAUUGAGGGUGGGCCCCGGCAUCGUGUGGUGGCAAGGACAGCACCCCUUAUGCUGGUCAAGAAACCCAAACUGGACAUCUAUGCUGAGCCUGAGAACAUCCUCACUAUGUCCUUUCCACCACUCAACAGCAGGGAUGUCAAGAACUUCUAUGUAGUUGUGGUACCUCUUAAAACAACAUCAGGAACAGUUAAGAACUUGAAGAACCCUGAUGAGAUGGACAUAGAAGAGCUGCUGAGGGAUGUGAUCCCAAAGCGACGUUCACGGCGUCAGCUGGCUCAGCUGGACCAGAGGAGUCCCUACAUCACAGCCUGCUUCAAGCAGCUGCCCUCCACCUUCACAGUGGGAUCAGACCACCGCCUGAGCAGCUGUGAGAAUAAGCCCCUCGAACCUGGUCAGGAGUACGUCUUCUUCCUGUUGGCUGAACUCAACGCCACUGUGGGGAAAAUGUUUGCAACCAGUCCCUAUACUGACACAGUGAUGACUCCAGAGCUGAUGGUGGACCCUUUGCCAGUAGAGACUGGUGACGGACUCAUUUGGGUGGUUGGCCCCGUCUUGGCUGUGGUUUUCAUCAUUGGCAUUGUCAUCUCCAUUCUCCUAUUAAAGAACAAACCAGACAGCCGGAAGAGAAAAGAGUCUGAGCCACGCACAAAAUGUCUGCUUAACAACGCAGAUAUUACACCCCAUCACCCCACAGACCCUGUGGAAAUGAGACGUAUCAACUUCCAAACUCCAGAUUCUGGUCUAAGCAGUCCUCAGAGUGAAGCAGAUUUUGACUAUGAAAGGAUGAUGAAUCAUCCUCCGAUUCCUAUCUCGGAGCUGGCUGAGCACACCGAACUUCUCAAAGCUAAUGACAACCUCAAACUCUCCCAGGAAUACGAGUCUAUUGAUCCAGGGCAGCAGUUCACCUGGGAGCACUCCAACCUGGAGGUGAACAAGCCUAAAAAUCGUUACGCCAACGUCAUCGCCUACGACCACUCCCGAGUCAUCUUGGCUCCCAUCGAAGGCAUAACAGGUAGCGACUACAUCAAUUCCAACUACAUUGAUGGCUACAGGAAGCAGAACGCUUAUAUCGCCACCCAGGGUCCGUUACCAGAAACGUUCGGGGACUUCUGGAGGAUGGUGUGGGAACAGAGAACCGCAACUGUUGUGAUGAUGACCCGGCUGGAAGAGAAGUCACGGAUUAAGUGCGACCAGUACUGGCCCAGCCGUGGCACAGAAACCUAUGGCAUGACCCAAGUGACUCUGCUGGAUACAAUAGAACUGGCCACUUUUUGUGUCCGUACGUUCUCCCUGCACAAGAAUGGCUCGAGCGAGAAGCGGGAGGUUCGUCAGUUCCAGUUCACAGCAUGGCCCGACCAUGGUGUGCCGGAGUACCCAACCCCCUUCCUAGCCUUCCUCCGUAGGGUGAAGACGUGCAACCCACCUGAUGCUGGACCCAUCAUUGCUCACUGCAGUGCUGGUGUUGGCCGGACAGGCUGCUUUAUAGUAAUCGAUGCCAUGCUUGAGCGUAUCAAGCACGAGAAGACGGUCGACAUCUACGGCCAUGUGACGCUGAUGCGCUCACAGCGCAACUACAUGGUGCAGACAGAGGACCAGUACAGCUUUAUUCACGACGCGCUGCUGGAGGCAGUGGCCUGCGGAAACACUGAGGUGGCUGCUCGCAGCCUGUACUCGUACAUCCAGAAGCUGGCCCAGGUGGAGAGCGGUGAACAUGUCACCGGCAUGGAGCUGGAAUUCAAGCGUUUAGCCAACUCCAAGGCCCAUACAUCACGCUUCAUCAGUGCCAACCUUCCAUGCAACAAGUUCAAGAACCGGCUGGUAAACAUCAUGCCCUAUGAGACCACCCGCGUCUCCCUGCAGCCAAUUAGAGGCCUGGAAGGAUCUGACUACAUCAAUGCUAGCUUCAUUGACGGAUACAGGCAACAAAAGGCAUACAUUGCCACCCAGGGCCCUCUAGCAGAGACUACAGAAGACUUCUGGAGAAUGCUCUGGGAAAACAACUCCACUAUAGUAGUCAUGUUGACCAAACUUAGAGAGAUGGGCCGGGAAAAAUGUCACCAGUACUGGCCAGCGGAGCGCUCUGCCCGGUACCAGUACUUUGUGGUGGAUCCCAUGGCGGAGUAUAACAUGCCUCAGUACAUCCUUCGGGAGUUUAAGGUCACAGACGCCAGGGAUGGCCAGUCCAGGACAGUAAGGCAGUUCCAGUUUACUGAUUGGCCAGAGCAAGGUGUACCCAAAUCCGGAGAGGGAUUCAUUGAUUUUAUUGGCCAGGUUCAUAAAACCAAGGAGCAGUUUGGUCAGGAUGGACCCAUCUCUGUACAUUGCAGUGCUGGAGUGGGAAGGACUGGAGUCUUCAUAACCCUCAGCAUAGUUUUAGAGAGGAUGCGUUAUGAGGGCGUGGUAGAUAUCUUCCAAACAGUGAAGAUGCUCCGGACGCAGAGGCCAGCUAUGGUCCAGACUGAGGACGAAUACCAAUUUUGUUAUCACGCAGCUCUGGAGUACUUAGGAAGUUUUGAUCACUAUGCAACGUAAAAAGCCAUCUUUUCCCCUCAGAAUCCUGUUGCCCCCUCCUCAACCAACUCAACGGUUUCCUGAGCCAUAGAAACUUUUCAAAUUUGAAAUGAUGACAGCAGCUGAUAAUUUUACAACUGCUCAUUCAGAAACACCAAACAGGAUCCUGUAGAUUUUUAGAAAAUAACACCCAAACCUACCAGAAAAAGAGAAAUUCCAAUUGAGACUUGAGGCAUAGAAGAAAAUUGCCCAUAAUUUCAACUAAAGACGAUUCUCAGCAACAAGAAACCAGAAGCUUGUGGCUCAAGCUGUGGGAUGGGUAUCGAUCCACGUGUCAGACUGCUAACCUUACCUCAAGUGUUUCAGUGUGGAGGAGAUAUAAACAUUUGUGGACAUUUCUCUUCUAAAAUACAUAUUUGUGAUACAGCGGCGACAACCAACCGUCAAUGAAGGAAAAGUGGAGCGAAAAUCAAAGAGAAGCAGAUGGAUGUAGCCAAGACUGGGACACAUGCCUGUUUUGGAUGUAAAAAAAAGGUUUAAGUGUUUCUAUCGACUAUUUGUUUUAUCCCGAGAAAUGGCUGAAUUGCGCCGACUUCAAUGAAUAGAACCUUUUCUCCCAAACUUCAGUCAUUCAAAUUGUAAAACGGAACAAGAAAACUUAAAUGUGGCAGUAAAAAGGAAACCUUGAGUGUUUACACAAUUCUACUCACAUUAUGGAUAGUUUGUGCAGAAAAGGUCCUCUCGAAUUAAAGAAAUGUCACCAAACUGCCUGUUAAGUGCCCAGAGCUUUAAGAAGGAACACUCCCAGUGGUUGUCAAAAAGGAAGCAGCAGCACAUAUCGAAAAAUUUGUUCCGUUGUAUAAAUGCGUAAAAUCUGCAUCCUAAACCAGGUAAUGUCAGUAGUUAAUUCCACGUUUCAUUGAACAGAUAAAUUAAGGAAAAAUCCAGUCUAUUGCAAGAAUCUUUGGCUUUGUCUCUCAUGCGGAUGACACAAACGGCAACCUCGUCCCGUGUUCUUUAACAAUCGCAUCUCUCUUUUGAACCAUGGCAUCAAGGGGCAGAUGCAGAAAACAUCCACCCUCAAUCUGGUGAGGAGAAAAGACUGUGAAACAAAGUGGAUUAAUCAAACAAAGAAACGCUGCCAAAUUCGGGGCUUUCUUUGUGUACAGUGACCAACGCUCAUCGUCAUUGUUUGGAACUAUUUUGUCUUUUGAGGACAAAAAUCUAUUUUUCUUUUCUCUUUUUCAGUUCUCUCUUCUGUUUAAAACUAAACCUGCUGCUUAUCUUGUGUAUGCUGUACGUGUGACUCUUUGAAAAAGAGAAAACUGAUGAACAAAAUAAAUACCAGCUCUGCUAACUCCUCACGCCCAGGUGGGCAUGACAGAAAGUGCAUCCACAUGACGCCAUUGUCCACCACUGCUUUUUUUUUCUUCAGUUUUUAUUUUUUCCAAGCCUCCUCUAUAAUCACCUUUAUCAUUGUACAAGAAACUCAAGAGCGGUGAAGGCCGUUUGAGAUCACAAAGUUGUACAUUAAUGUGGUUGACAAAUUGACCCUAAGUUUCUUGUAUGUGUGUUUGGUAACUGGUCGACAAACAAAACUAGACACUUUGGUGUUUGCCCCCCUUUCCACUUAUAGUUUAUAGACGAUGACCCAGUGGGUGACAUAGUAGCCACGUCGGAUCCCAAUUGAAAAUUUCUCUGUAACUUGCACAUCCCCAAGGCAAACCAGAGAAUAAACUUGAAACAAACACCACAAUUCAACUGCAAAAAAAAAGCUAAAACCUCCAAGUUUUCAUGUCAAAGAUGGCGCUUUGGUACACUUGAGCAAAUGGAUUCUGUGAGGGCUUUCUGGUGGAUGUGCACAAAACACAACAACGGAGCUAUGGACAGAACUGUGUGGGAUCCUUUCUGAUUUCCAAAAAAGCCUUACUGUUAUUGUAACACUAUGAAAACAUUAAUGUUGUAUUAUGAUGACUUAUUUUACAUGACAUAGUUAGCAUUUAUUUUCUGUUUCUGGUUUAGUUUUUUUUUUAACAAAGGUGUGUUUGUCACAUUUUUUUAAUUAGCAGAAGAUAAGAGAAAAGCUUAUAUGACCAUAUUAUGUUAAAAGACAUUCUAUUUUUUCACAGUAGAAGUGCUAAGUAUAACAUGACAGUGUAGCGGUGCAUACAUAUCUAUACAGAGAGAUAUGUCUCUCUGUAUAGAGAUAUAUAUGGCCACUUACGCAGGCAUAUAUAUUUAAACGCAGAAUCUGAAGAUAUAUCCAAACAAUUAGUAUGAAAUAAAUUUUUCUUUUCACCCAAUAUGUUUUAUACCUGUCAGUUCUAGUCUUUGAAAAUAUGUUUUAUUAUUAUUAUUAUUAUUAUUGUUAUCUGGAGAACCUAAGUGUCUCUUCAAGAAAACUGAGGGGAUGUCAUCUUUGUGUCUGAUAUUUUGUUUUCUUCUGUCCAUUGGAAUUAACUUACACUGAUAGUGAAGCUGUAUUUUAAAGUGUUUUCUUUAUCAUUACUAACUUGUUAAUUUAGUUUUGUUUUUUUUGUAGUUUUUCUUUUUUUAUCAGGUCUACAACUGUCAACGUUCAUCACUCAGCAUUUUUAAUGUCUAUAUCAGGCCAAUGAUGUACUGUACCUUGUAUGACUAUGUACAGACUGUAACCCUCACAAUCUGAAGAUAAAUCCUUUUAAAGUUCUCUUUUUUUACUUAUAUUUUCAGACAUUUUGUUGCCAUUGAUUUUAUUAGACAUCUACUAUGAUAUAGAGUAUACGUGUAAAUAAUCAAAUAUAUAUAGAAUAUAUGUAUCAUUUGACCCUAAAGAUCUCAUACGUUUAGUGGGGGAAACAAAUGCACAGAUCGAAGUUUUGCUCGUUUCCAGCUUCUUGUGAAACCUGUUUUCUCAAACCUUCUUUUCUCUAGCCAUGCUCACUGGUCUUUAAUUACUUCUCGCUUUUUUCAGCCUUUAAUUUCCCCUGCUAGCAGUCAAACUGGGAAACUUACCUGGCUAUGUUCCCCCACCCGUAGCCUGAAUGAGGGGCACACAAAUCAGGAUCAGUGAUCCGCAGGUUGAAUAUGUUGGGUGUCUCUAUACCAACUAACCACGAGAAUCAUUAUUCAUUAUUAGCAUGGACAAAAGUAACAAAAGGGGCCUCAUAAACAGAUUUUUGCUAAAUUAUUUACCCUUCUUAAGUUAGAAAUAGAAUAAAUGAUAAGGGUGUAAAUUGUUGGAAACUCUACUUUUCACAGAGGUGUUUCUCAGGCAUCUGUAAAAAAAAACUCAAGUUGUCUAAGUACCUGCAAUGGCAAGGUGCUAGUUCAUAAAUGUGUAUAAUUAGAAAAAAAAAACAAAAAAAACAAAACAGCUAUUGUAAAGGCCAUACAGUUGCAACAUUUCAACUUAUUUUUCUCCCUGUUGCCUUGUAUAAAACCAUAUUGUUUUUGUUUAAUCAUGAUGGGAUGCAGAAAGAAAUCAGGACUCAGUGGAAACACAACAGUGGGAUGCAACCAAGGACGGACUGAGACUACAAAAACAUGCUGCAAAUUCAUGUCGAGAGGUUUCUCAAUGAACUGUGAGCUGUUAGAAUUCAUAGAGACUGGUUAAAGGGCCCAUGCCAACUCUGAAACUGUGGAAGCGUCUCAAAUCUUGUGCAAUGUGUUACUCUUUUGGUUUCAAGUAAAGAUGCUACAAUUUUGAAAACAGCCACUAAAUUUUCUGGAAUAUGUUGCUAGAUAUUGUGGAAAGGUUAGGGAGUAACAGUGACCAUAAAAAAAGGCAUAUUGAAAAGAACAAAACGUAUACAGUACAUAUCGACAAAAGAACCGAAACUCAGCAAACCAUUUUUCCUUUAUAUGAGGGCCAAGUGCUACCACUUUCAAACUGUUACUUCUAACUGAAACAAUAAUUGGUUUAAAGCCACUGUGUAUGUAGAUAUGUUGACUUUGUAUUAAAGAAAUGUUGUCUGAAAACCA